GAUGCCACAAACGACAAGUCGUACAAAAAAGUCCAUAUCGCAAAAAGCCCUCGUCUUCAGAGCAGAGUCUCAUUCUUCAGCAUCACUGCAGCAAUAAACAAAGAUUCUCCGAACUGUUAUUAUUGGGAUAUGAAACCCUCCACCUCCUCUUCUUCUUCUUCUUCGCCAUGCGGAUCAAACACGCUCUUAACGAUUCUGUUCCAGUCGAGAUCCGAAGCCUGCAGCAACGAUUCUAUUCUCAGAGACUUGGUCGCCAGAGAAUUCAACGCCUUCCUCUGGAUCUCUCUCAUCGCCGUCACCGCUCUGUUGCUGCGGAAGCUCUUCGACCUGCUUCGCUUAUGGGCCAAAGCCAAGCCCAUCCCUGGGCCUCCUUGCCCCUCUUUCUACGGCCACUCCAACCUCCUUUCCCGCCAAAAUAUUACUGAGGUGUUGGGUGAUUUGCACAAGAAAUAUGGCUCUGUUGUGAAGUUGUGGUUGGGACCGACUCGGCUUUUAGUGUCAAUAAAGGAUCCAAUUCUUAUCAAAGAGAUGCUACUAAAGGCUGCAGAUAAGUUACCUAUGACUGGGAGGGCAUUCCAUUUGGCCUUUGGAAGGUCGAGUCUCUUUGCUUCUUCUUUCGACGAGGUGCAAAAGAGAAGGGAAACAUUAUUAACAGAAUUAAAUGGAAAAGUUCGUGAGAACAAAAAUGUGUUCCCCACCAAGGCUGUGGACUGUGUCUUGGAGAGGAUAAACAAUGUAAUGGGUAAAGAUAGUGUUGACAGUAGAGUAUUUUCUCAACACAUGGCUUUUACCAUGUUAGGAGCCACCCUCUUUGGAGAUGCAUUUUUAGCUUGGUCUAAGGUAGCUGUUUAUGAGGAGCUCCUUAUGAUGAUUGCUAAGGAUGCUGGUUUUUGGGCUUCUUAUUGUGUUACUCCCUUUUGGAAGCCUGGAUUUUGGAAAUAUCAGUCUGUAUGCACAAAGUUGAAAUGCUUAACGCAAGAUAUUGUUCAACAAUGCUGCAACGUAUACUCUUGGGAAACUGGAAACUUAGGAAAGGAGGUUGCAUGUGGCGGACCAUCUUGCUCUGAAGUUAGGAUAGUAGACAAUCUAUUCUUUGAGGAGCUUAAUGGCCAUUUUAAUGUUAGUGAGGAACCAUAUGGGAAUCUUAUGGGCAUAAUGUUUCACGGAUGCCUCAGCACAGCUAGUUUGAUUAAUAACAUUAUGAUGAACCUUGCUACGCAUCCACAAAUACAGGAUAAGAUCUACUCGGAGGUAACUAUGGCACAAAAAGAUGCAAUGAAGGAAGACCAGAUUAGUGCUGAUAAGUUGGUCUUAUUACUGGCAACUAUUUACGAAUCUGCUCGUCUUGUGUCAGCCGGGUCUUUGCUACAGAGAUGUUCUCUCAAACAUGAUUUUUCGCUUAAGAGUGGUCAUACCAUACCAGCUGGAGCAGGAUUGGUUGUGCCUGUAGAGCUGGUAAUGAUGGAUGAUUCCACUUUGGGAGGCGAUGCUAGUGAAUUCAAUCCAUACCGCUUUUUGUCGAAGGCUGGAGAAGGGUCUGAUAUAUUUCUAAGAAAAUCAUUUUCAGGGGCUGCUCAGAAGUUUGUGAAUCUGGGAGAGAGCUCCUUCACUUUGAAUGAUCCAAAUAAAAGUACAGCAUUUCUUCCCUUUGGCUCUGGUAUACGUGCCUGCGUUGGACAGAAAUUUGUGACUGAAGGAGUUGCAAUGUUGUUCGCGUCAUUGCUCAAACAGUAUGAGAUAAAGCUCCAUCCAGAAGCUCAGGAUACCUCAAAACCAAAUAACUUUGGGCUUCAGCUUCUUUCGAGUUCACAUAUAGUUUUUGUACAAAGGAACAGCUGAAAGGAUGAGGACGCAGAAAGCUUCUAAUGUGGAUAAGUGUGUUCUGUUUACUUUACCAUUUGUAUUUGAUAAGAUGACGCCUCCUUUUUAUCUUUUUCCUUCACCUGGGGUUUCAUGAGGGAUGCUCAUUUCUGCUCAAUAGCUUGCCAUUGAGGUCGAGGAUGUUACAUGAGUAAAUUCACAGCUCAUGUUUUUUCCCCUCUGUUUUUACUUUUUAGAAUAGCCCUGGUUUCUGGUUUUAUAAGCACUCCUGGGCUAUUGGUGAAGCGGAGCCGUCUGGUUUUCUUCCCCAUCCUGCAAUGUUAUCUUCUAUGGUGAAUUUUUUCUCUCCCACAGGGGCGUUCAUCUUGUCUUAUAUGUUGAUGUACACAACUGUUAAUGUAUUAAUGUAUAUUAUGUUGCAUUAUCUAGAAAGUAAUGUAAUAACAAAAAACACUGUAUUUUUUUUUUUUUUCCCAAUGUAAUAAAGAAUUACAAA